AUGUAUAGAGAAGAGUAUAGAAUAAAGGAAAAUGAUGUUUGGGUGCAAAGGGUUAAAGAUUGUUACCUCAACUUCGCAUCUGUUUAUUAUCAUUUUCAGAUUCUAUUUCUGGUGUUUAUAGAGUCAAGGUAUGGUGUUAGUUGGCGCGCGUCUUCUGUUCCGCUUCUUGAUUGCAUUUCUGAUGCUUAUGGGAGCUAUUUCUACAUACAUGAUACUUCAAACUAAUCACAUGGUAAGCCGGAAAGCGAAAAGUUUUGAAGAUCAGCCGAUCGUUCUCGACCAACAAGUCGAGGAAAUAGUUAAGAUGACGAAGACGGCGUCCGAAAUUCCGCCGACGACGAAACCCGACAGAAGACGACGAAGCUUAGUGAUUUUCGGUGAUGAUCGUUCAGGCACGACACUGCUGACGCAAAUGUUUAGCAAAGAUCCAGAUAUUUUUGCAGUGUACGAACCGUUGUGGAUAACAAGAAAAUGGAGUAAAACAGAGUUAGACAGAAAUCUGUUAAAGGACGUUACAGAGGUGGUAGGAGCGUUGAUGACUUGUAAUUUCGUGGAGAACCCAACUGGAAUUAAAUUUUUGUCCCACACCUACAAAAACUGGGCACCUGGAUUAUUUGUAAACCCGUUCAAGUCUCAACCGAUAUGUAACGAUCCUGAUGCCUGCCCAAACCCCGAAACAAUCCCGGAUGUGGUACAAAAAGCCUGUUUACAAAAUUACAAACACAGUGUCACAAAAGUGGCUAUCGUUCGCGUCCCAGAAAGAAAACUCUCCAACAUUUUUCAGAAGAUAAUCGAGGAUAAUCCAGAUACGGUCAUCAAAUUUUUGCACGUUGUUCGCGAUCCAAGAGGAAGCAUAAAUUCCAGGAUCAAUUUAGGAUGGAUACCAGACGUUGACAAAGCAAAAAAUUUUGCUGGUUUGGCCCGGAGCACAUGCGAAGGGGUUCUACAAAAUGUUCAGUUCGGGGCGAGUCUCCAAGGAAAAUUCAAAGACCGUUAUAUGCUUGUUCGAUACAAAGACAUCGCGUCUUCUCCCCUUGUGACAGCCAUGAAUAUUUAUAAGUUUGCUGGGUUUGAAAUAUCAGAAAGUAUGAUCAGAUGGCUCAUGCAAGCAACGAACCCGAGCAAAGAAACUCUUAAAAAAGAAGGGAAACGAGCGUUUUCAUCGUUUCGAAAUUCCACCGCCAAUGUUGAGAAAUGGCGACAGGAGUCACCUGUAAGACGGGUUCAAACUAUCGAAGAAGAAUGCAGUGAGCUGAUGGAUUUACUGCAUCUCGAAAGACUUUCUUAAAAAUUUAGAAAAUUUAUUUUAUUCAACACUAGUCAUCUAAUCAGGGUCAUAGCCGACUCUUUUCUUAAUACUUCGACCCCUUAGAGCGACUUUCAUUUAAAAAAUUUCUCUCUCUACUAUCACCCCUGAAUCACAUACUAAGGUCAACAGAAAAAAGGAAAUGAUCACCAGCUGAAGAAGCUCUUGAUUGUUCAACAAAUCCUCCUUGUCAGCACCUAAGGAAAUGUAUGGAGAACAGUUGGGAGAAAAUGCACACUGAUGUUAGGGUACAAAGUGUUAAUCCUAAUAUCAUAUCUCCUUCUCGUCUGCCACACACGUCUUGUCUACUUAUUAUUAGACUAAGGCCAUUUUGAAAUCAUUGGCUAUUCGCAGUGCGAUUAAUCACGAAUCUGACCAAUAUUUUGAUGCUGUUACUCGCAUCGUUUACCCACCCAAAAAGAAUGGAACUCUAAAAAAAACCAAACUAACGAAUUAGGUAAUAACCUAUCACAUCGCAAGAAAAUGAAAGACCAUUAAUAACCAUUAGAAGGGAUUAAAAUGGGUGACUUCAAAACAGUCGAAACCAAGAAACCCCGCUUUUGAAUCGUGAAUUUGGUCUCAAAUCGUACACCACCGAGUCUAUUUUGAAAUAUGUGUAUGCAUUUUACAUUCACUGAUAACGUUAUUUGCAUGGUGAUUUUUGUCUUGUGCACACACUAGCUCUAAUUCAGAUUUAUGGCUAAUUUAAAAUAAGCGAUCUGAGAUGUAGUCGAGUUACCCAACAUCAUAAUCCUAUGUGAUAGUUUUUCCAAAUAUUUCUCUAUUGUGUCAGUGAGCUACCCUUAAAGUGGAUGUCUAAAUUACACAUUAGAAACGUUUAAAUAUUCAUAUAUACUGUACAACUGAGAUGAAGUCGCGUAACUAAAGAAAACGUCUCAAAAUCAAAUUAGAUGAAUUUGCAAUCACAUUUUUACCAGAAAUAUAUAUUAAAAUCCAUUUUAAAAAUGCUCCUCACUUGUAAGGUGAACAGCCGUGUCGGCAACGUCAACAGAGUUGCUAAGUAACCCAGAUAUCGAUGCAAAAAUGCUGGGUUCUUUUGUCAUCUAAGUUUUAACAUCUGAAGAGUUAGUUUCAUUUGGCUUUCCAUUUACCUCCAAGCGGUAAAUAGUACUCUUAAAGGUUAUGGUCUUUAAACGAAUUAUCUUUUGGGCUCCCCUUGGGGCCGCGCUAAAAUUUUCGUUCAGUAACUGACUUUUACCAAAGGUUUGAACCUGCAGUUUGAGUUUGAACAUCAAGGAAAAGUUGGUCUGCUUUACAAUGUUUUAAUAUUAGAUGUGAAUAGGACUCACAAGAAAACGACAGAGCCCAACACAGAAAUAUUUACAUUCCAUAUACGAGACUUAACAGAUCUCCCUAGGAAAGGUAAGCCAACUUUUUCUUUUAAAAAGAACAGUGUUUUUCUUGGGUUGUAUAUAUGGUACAAGCUCCGUAACCAGUUCCUUGAGUUUGAAUAAAAGCCCAUUACGUUUAACUGUGUAUACUAUUAAACAUACUUAAGGAAAUGCAAAUAAAAACUAGCUCUCUACAUAAUCCAUGAAGAAAAUCAUCAAAUAUACUCAAGCAUUAUCCACAAAAUAGGCAGCGCAAAUAUCUGUAACACUGAAAAUUUAAAAAAAAAAAAACCAUACAAAAUCACAAUAAGUUAUGCCAUACCUCAGGGUUCUCUUUAAGAAAUGUAAUGAAGGAGGAAAAUGUGAAAUAACGAGAAUAUUAUCCACUGUGAUCUGAGUAAGAAAUAGCUCAAAAAUACUACAAAUGUAUUUAUUACAAAUAAACUAAUUAAUGUAUAUUUUUGCCAUUAUUCAUGCAACUUAUAAUGUGCACCUGAAUUAUUAAUUCCAUUACAUUGUAAUCAACGCGCACGGCACUAAUACUAGCCUACUUGUCUCGGCCUCAUAAUGCAUUAAUCACCGGAGUGAAUAUGUGUAUUUUGGUCGUUUAAUUAUUUAAAAUCAUAUUUUGCGCUCACUAAUUUAAAAUGCUUAAAUAAAAUUUGUGUUGAUAAUAUAUAAGAAAAUGAGAGUACAAAAAAUAUGAGUAGAAAUAAGUCACGUGAUUUAAAUGAGCUUUUAAAUGAAGUAAUUAAAGAAACCAAGCUUUUAAAAUCAAUUUUAAGUGAAAUAUAUAAAAGUAUUAAUACACCAAGAAAAAAGGAAAAUGUUCUUCCGAGAGGAAAUUGAAUUAAAUAAACAACUGAAAAAAGCUUAUUCCGUUACCAAGAAAAAAACCUGUUCUUCUAUCAAAACCUUUGUUACAAAACCACUUACUGAUGAACAAAUAGAAAGAAUUGGAAGUAAAAAGAAGAGUCGUUAAGUGAUGUUUUGUGUAAUUGAAAAUACACAAACAAUAAUAUAAAAUUAACGAUAAAAAUUUAUGAUAAAUUCACAGAUGCAAAAAACACAUUUUACAAUGAAGAUAACGAAUGAUAAAAAUAAAGAUUCAUUAAAACUCAUUGGAAUUGAUUCAAAGUUAUAUCAUAACUUAAUUUGAAGAAAAGUACAUUUGCAAUACAAGCAUUAAAUACUAAAAUGCCACCAAGAUCAAUAUAAUUACACGAACUUAAAUUUAUAAAAAUAAAUCUCUAAAAAAAUCUUGUUUAGAAAAACCUUGAAAAAAAAUGGAAUUUAACAAACUGUAUCAUAUUAACUAACAACCAUCAUAUUAAAAUCACUUUGUUGCAAAAAAAACAUAAAAAUAUCGUAAGUAGAAAAUUAUAGCAGAAGUUAUGAGUGUUAUCUUAGCAGCAGGAGGAAUAGUUUCAGCAAUUACGACAAAAGGUAUUGCUCUAUGUAUAUAUUAUGACAGAAAUACUUUUAAUUAAAAUAGUUUACACUUCAUUAUCACGCAUGAAACAAGUACAUACUUUAUUCAAAUUUAAAACAAAGCGCGAAAAAAAUUAUUUGAAAUAUUCUCACGCUAUCGUUUAUAAAUAGAUUGAUGUAAAAAACACUGUAAAAAUACGUAUAUUCACUCCAAUUAUGAAUGCAUUAUGGGCAUGCCGAGGCGUUCUGGGAAGACAACUAAGCUAUCGUUGGUGCUGCGCGUGUCGAUCAAAAUUUAAUAACAUGAUAUUAAAUCUAUGUCACGUCAUAAGUGGUAUAAAUAAUGGCCAAAAUGUACAUUAUUAAGUUUAUUUAUAAUAAAUUUCCUAUCACAAUUAAUACUAGUACUACUAGUUGGUAUAAAAAUACCAAAUAAAGUUUACACAUUAAAUAGGACAUUAGCGCACUUAAAACACAAUAAUAAUUACCACUUAAAUGUUUAAUUUACAGCAGAUUUAUCAAAUAUUGAAAAAGGCAUUUUUGUAGGUUAAAGUGUAAUAAUGCACUGGUGCACCCAUAAUGCAUUCAUCAAUUUGUUUAGUAGUCUCGAGCUCCUCUUGUGGGCGAUAAUUUUUUUCUUACUCUCAUGACCUGAUCCCAUGUUUGAAUCACAAGUGAUACUGUAAGGAAGAAAUACUUGCUAGUCACUCGUAGACGUCAAAUUUUCCGAUCUCUGAUACCUAAUAGACAUGGUUACCCUGAGGUAUUUUGCGCGAUAAAUACGAAUCUUAAGGUCAGUAAUUAGGUUAAAAAAUACAAGUGAGAAUCGGGACAUUCCAUAGUUUACCACUUGUAAACGACCAAUUUACAACCAUGACAUGGAAAUUACAAUAGUUAACACACUCAGAGCAAUAUACACACAAGUUUCAUUUUGAACAGCUUUUAACUGGCUCCCAAUUGUCUACGAUCUGGACAACCUCUUCAGAUCUUUUUAAAGUAAUCGGUAAGGCUGGUUAAUGAAAAUUCCUGAAACAGAAUUAAAAAAAUGUAUAUAUACAUGCAUAUAUACAUACGCAUAUAUAUAUAUAUUUAUCUGAAGGUUGAACUAAUCAAUAAGACAUAACUUUUUCUGUGACUCUGAGUUUCACGCUUACGCGAUCAUCAGACAUAUUUUAAAAUCUGUCUAAUGAUUUUAAAAUGUGUCUGAUGAUCGCGCAAGCGUGAAACUCAGAGUCGCAGAAAAAGUUAUGUCUUAUUGAUUAGUUCAACUUUCAGAUAUACCACACUCUGAAAACGCAUCGAGGUCUAUAUAUAUAUAUUUCCCUUUGUUCUGAUUGGCCGUCGCGAUUACUUUGGUUUUGGUAUAACGACACAAUGAGAAAGCGCUCUAAACUAACUCCUCAUUGCUAUUGCUCUAUUUUGCAGCAGAAACACAGACGAUGAGGCAUUUCCGCUACGGUGUACGACUACUAAUCGUAGUGAUCACUGGGUUGGCAAUUGCAACGGUUGCCGUUUUACUGCUUCAAAGCAUUCAGCAGAUGACGAUUGCAGUUCCCGUGGAAACUAGUGAAAAUCUCCAGAUACAAGAUUUUAUUGACGAAAUGACGAGAAGUACUCCGUAUGGAGCAACAGCUUUGGAAAAGAAAGAUUUGAGAUUUAGUCCUGCGGCAACAUAUAAUACUCUCAAUAAUUUUCCAUUAAAUCCCACGUCAACAUCGGAUUCUUCCGAACGGAGACGAAGUUUGAUCGUCUUCGGGGCAGACCGUUCGGGAACGACUUUUAUUAGCCGAAUGUUUAGCCAAGACCCUCAGGUAUUCAUGAUCUACGAACCCCUCUGGGUAACGAAAAGGUGGAGGAAAACCGAACCACAUCGAGACUGGUCGAGAAGUGAGCUGGAGGUGAUAAAUGGAAUAAUUAGCUGUAACUUUCCAGAUUUUCCUAUGGCAACACAAUUUUUGGCCCACGCGUCACGCAACUGGGCAGCGGCACCGUUCAAAAAUCCAUUCCAAACAGUAAACUUCUGCAACGUUUCCAAGACUGGUAAGAGCAUGUGCCCUAACCUCUAUCUCGCGCCGGAAUUCGCCAAGGAGGCCUGUGCAACGAAAUACAAGCACAGCGUUACUAAAGUAGCCCAGGUUCGUGUGCCUGACCUAAUGCUUUCUAGCAUCGUACCACAAGUGUUUAUAGAGAACCCGGAUACUGACGUCAAAGUCAUUCAGAUUCUCCGAGAUCCGCGCGGAAGCUUGGACUCUAGAAUUAAAUUAGGCUGGAUGCCAAAACACACAUCGCCCUCGUUCACUUACCACGUGAAAUUUCCAUGCAAUAAAAUCGCGCAGAAUGUGAAAUAUGGAAGAAACUUGCCCGAAAAGUAUCGUGACAAGAUAAUGGAAAUAUAUUACCGAGACAUAGCAAUGUCCCCCGUAAAAACUGCCUUGAAAAUCUACCAAUUUGCUGGAUUUGAGAUUUCGGAAGAUUUAAUUAAAUGGAUCGUUUUAAACACCAGCCCAAGCCAAGAAGCUCUUGCCAGAGAAUCCUCAAGGGUGUUUUCUUCUGUUCGGAACUCUACGGCAAAUAUCGAAAAAUGGCGCAGGGCCCCGGCAGAACAGAACAGGAUAAUAGAACGAGAGUGUCAUGAACUGAUGCAGCUGCUAGGAAUCGAGAAGAAAUGAAGCACGAAAUACAGAAUAAUUCACUUCAAGUAAUAAGCUGCAAACACUUGUACUGGUCUUUAUUUAUCACCGAAGGGGGGGGGGGAAGGGAGGUUCGGAGGAUCUUGGUUGUGGAAAGAUAAGAUUGACCUGAUCCCCCACAAGACUCUUUAAUUUUCUGAAACUCCCCCCCCCCCAUUGGCAAUCAGUUAUCUAGAGUCCCACCCGUUAUACUCUGUUGGUGACGACUGAUCUCCCUCGUUUCCCCUGAGGAUCGUGUGACCCUCUUCAAAAUCCUAACCCCCCCUUCCCCUUCCCCUUCCCCUUCCCCUCCCUUCCCCUUCCCUUCCCUUCCCCUUCCCCUUCCCCCACUGCGAUAAAAAAUGACUGGUCCCUAAGAGAAACAUUUGACUGCGAGUCGAAAACAACUCGGGAUUGCAUUCAUUUUAUCUUAUUUUCUCGAUCACACGCCGUACCCCGAUUUAAUGCCAGCCUCAUGUAAACGUUAAGCGUGAAAAACUGCAACCCCUUAACUCCCAAGAUCUGAUUGUUAAUUCUCCCUUCUGGCUGCUACACAUAUCCUUGUAAAUUGGUGACGAGAAUUUGGUGUCAGAUCGAGAUAACCACUUCCACCUGAUCAGUUUGGGUAUUCUCGUUUCCUGUUUGCUGGAUAAUUUAUGGAUAUUGUUGGGAGAAGUUACAUAUAAAUCACUUCUGGGAGUUUAAAGGUUAAGAAAUAAAAGGCCUCAGUGUUUUAUCAGGGUCUCAGCCUUUACCAGAAAUAGCUGUACUCGAUUAAAUAGAACUGCUGCUACAUAGUGCUAGUUUUACUUCAUAAUCUUAAACAUGAAAAUUUUUUAAGUCUAAAUAUUUAUCCUCGGAGAAGACCCAACGAAAAUUGGUCGCGAUUUCUCUGAAACAAGUUUCGAAGAAACACCGGGGAUAUAUGGUCGAGAAAAUCGGUACUUUUGUCAAGAAAACUCGUGUCACUUUUCAACCAAUCAGGUGCAAAGCGAAACUCAUCAUCAAUACGUUACACUCUCACGCGUUCAAAGCUUUGAAACUCUUUACGGUGACCAAUUCACAUUAUCAACUCAGUUGAUAAAAGCAAAAUUAUCUUUUUACACUCCCCCACCGAAGCAGCACCACAGUUUCUAUAGAAACUUACCCGCCUCUAUAUAUUUCCCAGAUUUGCAAUGACCUUGCUUCAAAAACAAUGGUAGGUGAGAGUAUUUAUAAACGAGAAUGACUAUCAAUUCUCAAGCAAAUGAAACUCACUUGCAAAACAAAGGGUUUGCACUAAAGCUUGUUUUCAUGGUGAGAGCUUUUGGAAGUCGAAAAUAACACAUUAGGUAUUAAAGAGAUGAAAAAAAAGGUUCACUAGUGCUAAUGACGUGGGAAUACAUGCUAAAGGUUGUUUAUUCUUAAACGAAAAACUCUUGAUUUUUGACUAGGCUUCACUGUUCGUUUCGGGGCAGUAUUAAAAAUAACUUUAACAGACGUCAAAAAUUUCUCAGCUUGACGCAACCUACUAGUUUUCUGUUUAAUACAAAUAAAGGAGUAUUGAAAGUACGUAACCAAUCACAACGAAGUAUUUUUUCCAGACGUAAAAAGGUUAUGAAACAAUACUUUUCAGUAAGUUGUAGUUCCUUAGCACCGACUCCACAGUGUGUCGAUGAAAAAUAGUUAGAAACGUGGCGAGAUGUUCUGUAAAAAGUGUUGGCACUCUAUGCAAAGGUAAGUAUUUCAUCAGAAGACUAGUUUAGUUCAGAUGAAGUAACUGUGUUUUAGCUAAAGAUAUCUUGCAAGUAAGCCUUGAUUUUUACAGCAAUUUGACAGUUAACCCAGUGGAGCGAACCAACUUCCCAUAUGUAAAUGCAGUGAAGAAUAUUCGAAAAGCGGAAAAGCAUUCAGCAAUAAUUUAAUGGCGAGUUUGAUAAAAUUAGUCCUCAGCAAAAUUAUUCGUUGACUGUCUUAGAGUACAAUGAAACUUAUACAUUAAGCUUCAUACUUGUUUUCUUUUGCUCUGUUUUUUAUCUUAUUAUUAUUUCUUUUCAAUUUCUACUCACAGUUCAGGGAUUCUUUCAGUGAUACACCGACCGGCGGAGAAAUGAAGGACAAGAGAAACACCCCCUUUCGAAUAUGUAAGAAAUUUUGUUUCCCAUGCUCAAUACUUCUGCUGUUUUUUUCCGCUGUUCUACUAUGCAACUCCCAUUAUGGCCAAUCGCCUUUCAAGUAUAGUAAAGAGUUGAUAAAGCCAAUCAGGAGCUUGACUCAGAAUAAAACGGCACUCGUUACUCUUUUAACAAAUCCAAAAAAAGCAAAUUCACCCGAAGUAGUCCGAGAAUGGGCCGAUGUCAAUUCAGCAUCAUCCGAUGUUCAAAGAAGUUCACGACCGAAGAUUUCCACAGGUUCAAUUCCAAAGCCAGCUUUAGAAGCUCGGCCGAUCCACCGCGUUCAACCAGCGCCGUCCGAAAUCAAAACAGGAUUAAACCAAAAGCCUCAGUCGGAAGCCCGAUCUACUAGCGGCGUCCACUCCGUGUCAUCGAAAGUUAGGCCGAAGAAAGACCAAGAGGACCGAUCUCCUUCCGAGGUUCAUACAGUGUCACACUCAGUUCAGAUAACUUCCAACUUUCGCUCAACAAAUCGAAAUUUCCCUGAGUUACAACGGACUUUUCCGACCUCCACAAAGUCCCUUGAUGUGGUAUCGACGCCCCGACCCGAACGCCGCCGAAGUCUCCUAAUCUAUGGAGCCGACCGUUCAGGCACAACAUUUACCACCAAAAUGUUUGCCGAAGAUCCACAACUUAUGACUGUUUAUGAACCGUUAUGGAUAACAACCAAAUGGAACAAAGAAGACUCUAGUCAAAUACCCAAUUGGACCAAAAACGUUCUUGAUCUUCUUAGAGGAAUUUUAAGUUGUAAGUUCGCCGAGACUGCUGCUGGUGUUAAAUUCCUCGCGCAUACCUCACGGCAAUGGAAUGGAGCAAAUGUCAAAAACCCUUUUCAGUCUCAAAACUUUUGCCCCAACUGGGAAUGUAAAGAUCUUUCCAGUACUCCCACAUACGCCGACACAGUAUGCCUAACAAAAUACAAACACAGUGUAACGAAAAUAGGGGAGCCCAGGACACCCAACAGUUUAAUUUCAUCUUUUCUUCCAAAGGUGUUCUUAGAGAAUCCAGACACUGACAUCCGGGUUAUCCAGCUUAUCCGAGAUCCCAGAGCGAGUUUAAGAUCCCGGAUUAGGUUAGGAUGGAUGGUAGACUGGACGCAUUGGAAUUUUCGGAAGUUAGUCAGAAAAGUUUGUUCAAACUUGGUCGCAAACAUCAAGUUUGGCCGAAAUCUGGGCAAAUGGCAAGACAAGUAUUUAGAAGUACACUACCACGAUCUAGCCGGAAAACCGCUGGAAACGACAAGAGCUAUGUAUGAUUUUGCAGGAUUUGAAAUGUCCGAUAGCAUUGCCGACUGGGUGGUUCGCAAUACUUCGCCGAGUAAAGAAGAAUUGAUGAAGGAAAGCAAAAACAAAUUCUCACCAACUCGAAAUUCAACGGCUAAUAUUGAUAAGUGGAAGCAAGAUUCUCCAGUCGAAAGAAUUCGAAUAAUUGAGGAAUAUUGUCAAGAAGCACUUGAUCUUCUGGGGCUGAAAAAAAUGCUAUAG